AUGGAUUUCGCCGCGCUGAUGUCUAAGGAGAUCUCCAAGGCCAAGAGCACUGGCUCCGCCAAAUCCUCCGGUACCCAAAAGGAGAAAGAGACCUCAACAGCGCCUUCAAAGAAAUAUAUGCGCCGAGGAGAGGUCGAGGCGGCGCGCCUGACGGCAUACGAGGAGGAGCAAGAACGUCUUCAAAAAGAACGCGAAGAGAAGCAAGCCAAAAAGCGCAAAUUCGAGGAGGAAGAGGCAGAUCGACAACGUGAACGAGAAGAGAAGAAGGCCAAGCUUGCGGAGGAAUCCAAGAGGAGAAGGGAGGAAGAGGAAGACACCAAGGAGCGCGAACGGCGGCGAAGACUCGGACUACCCGACCUACCCAUCAAAAGCGACGGUGACGAAAUACCUGGCGAUGGAGACGACAAGGUGGAGAUGGAUGAAGAUGAACUAAUUAAAAAGCUUCGAGAGUUGAACGAGCCUGUGCGGUUGUUUGGAGAGAACCACCGCUCCCGGCUCCGCCGUUACCACCGAAUCGUCAAACGAGCUGCUACAUUACAGAAGUUGACCGAUGGACCCAUCCCCACGACCCUAGAACCUGUGCCUGGUGGUCAAAUGCUGAUCCCCGCUAAGAUUCCGACGGGAGAUGCCGAUCGACUGUUCCUCUUCCGACAAUUGGCGUCCUACUUCAACAUGAUGCUUUCGGAGUGGGAGCUGGCUUUGGCCAAACGGGAUGUGUCAGUUCGGGAGAGUCAUCAGGGAAAGCAAGCCUAUAAUGCCAUGGUCCAGUCUCGAGAAAAUAUGAAUCCGCUGUUUCGGCGCUUCGAAAAGGCGGACUUGGAGGAUGGACUGUUGGAGCCAAUUGUGGAGAUCGUGCACAAGGUUCAGCAGCGGAAAUAUGUUGAUGCCAACGAUGCCUAUCUGCGCGUCAGCAUUGGAAAAGCUGCAUGGCCUAUCGGUGUGACCAUGGUUGGUAUUCACGAGCGAUCGGCGCGAGAAAAACUACACCAGAGCGAUCAGCAGGCACAUAUUCUGAGUGAUGAGAUCACUCGAAAGUAUUUGCAAAGUAUCAAGCGUUUCUUGAGUUUCGCCCAGGUGCGUUGGCCUCCGGAGGACCAACUACAGAUCAUGGGAUAA